AUGUCAGACAGUUCACCCCCGAUGCGUGAAUGGACACUAUCCGACGUCACCGAUCCCUUGCUUCGCACCCGCACGGAGGCUUUCAAAGUGCUCUUCUCUGGGCUGACUAUCCGCAAGGUCCAUGAUGUCCUCCUCAACUCCCCGGUCCGCGAUUGGAACGCCAUUCACAGCAAUCUACAACAGGAAGCUAGCAAGUCGGGCCCUUCUGCAACUCUGAGCAAUGAAGAUAACCGACCUCAAAACUCCCAGCAUGGCAGCACUAGCGAGGAGUCCGCUACCGAUGACGGCACUCCAGUAGACUGGAAAGGCCAGAAGAUCACCCCACGCGAUCUCGCUUGCAGAAUGAACGGGGUCAAGCUUAGCAUCAAGAGCAUGAGGACAGGCGUCGACAACUUGAAGAAGAGCAUUACUGAGCAACUGGAUGAUCUGGUGGAGAUAUUGGAGUUAACGAUGGGUGAGGCUCAUGGCAUACAGAACAGUCUUCAUAUACUGCAGAAUUAUGAGAAUGAGGCUGGGGAGUAG